AUGGCCUCAACAACCGAGAAGAGAGAAGAAUGGAUAACAGUCCCCCGUAAAGGACGCCGCAAUCCAAAGACCGCCAUAUCUUAUUCCUCCCAUGACAACUUCUCAAGACCAAAUCCCCCAUCAUCAUCAUCCCUAUCAGCCUCCGAUAUUGAGAAAGAGCACCAGCGCAUAGCAGCUCAGUGGGAGGCGUCUUCCAGCUGUCGCCAGCUGCAGGAAAUCGUUGCGUCUCGUGCAUCAUCCCGGUGUAGUAUCUCCAAUGCCAUCUGCUUGGGCCUAGGGUCCUUUGAUCCUGAAAACGACUCCUGGGACAGUAAACGAAAAUCACACGUACAACUCGCCGCAUUCCUCUGCAUGGUCGAGCAACUGCAACGCAGUAGUCCCCACAAAAUCCCCUGUCUCUUCCAGGAGCCCGUCUUCAACUCAUCAGACAAGAGCUUUAUCCAGAGCUUGGGUCACGAAGUUGUCGAGUCACCGGAAGCUUUCGACCGGGUGACUCCGUCGACUCUUGUCUUUGGAGUCCACCUGUAUAAAAGUAUAUAUGUGCAGGCCAUCGCCAAACACCUACCCGCCGUGUUCGUAGGCACUCCUCUUGAUGUCUGGGAAGAAUUCCACCACGACUUUUCCAAGGAUUGGGCCGCUAUGACAGAGCUCGAUAAGCAGAGUGAUAAAGUUACGUUUCCAGAGGACACGGGCUACAGCACAUUCUCCAGCACAGUGAUUUAUUGGGGGCGACAAGACGAGCCAUGA